AGGAGAUAUAAUGAUAAUAUAAUAAAGUAAAAGUUAAAUGUUUUGAUGGAAAACAGUUAUUGAAUAAUGGAAACAACACACUAAGAAAAUAAAUGGAUAGAAGUGUGAUUAAGAAGAAGGCUUGUUUAAAACUAUUCUUAUCAAAAUAUAAAACUGAUACUAAAUUGAACAAGGAGAAGCCUUCAAUGAAAAAAAUAAUUCAACCUGAAUUUACUUUCUUAGAAAUAUUUUUACAACUCCAGUUGUGCCGAUGGAAAAGAAACCCUACUUUUCAUAAAAAAAAAAUAUAUUUAUAAAAUCUACAAGGAUACUAUUACAGUUUUAAUAUAUCUUAAACCAGGUGCAAUUAUCAAAUUAAAUUUAGAAAGUUAGAAUCAGGGAAAUUAGAAUAGACAUACAAAUUUCCCUUAUUUAUUUUAUUUUUCUAGUUAUUUAUAAUAAAUAACUAAAACACAGCUAAAAUAAAUCCUCUUAAUGUCUGUGUUGGCAAAUUACUAAACUAUCGAUACCAUUUAUUGAUUAUCUAUAAUAUCAAACUAUCGAUCGUGAAAAAUUAUCGACUAUCGCUUAUCUCUAGAUUAAAGGCUACAGCAAGUCAAUGAGUUGGCGAUUAUUGCUCGCGAACGUUCUGUAAGAAUAGGAGCUGUUCUCUGAUCAUGAAUCACUAACUUGCUUUCAUUUAUUACACUUAUAAAAUAAUCCUGUAGUUCUUUUUACCUUCAUGUUCUCUAAAAUAGAAUGAUAAAUGACAACGACAUAAUGAUCAAACAGUUAUUUAUUUAAAGCAAACCAUCCAUUGGUCUGAAGGGGAUAUAAUUUUAAAAUAACUUUUUAAGAUUAUUAAAGAGAGCUUUAAUGGUCUAUAAAAUACAGCGAGACAAUAGGUAGUUCUAUUUGUACGGAGCCGGGGAAGGAUAGUCCUGGUGAGGUGGCAUCACUGCUUGUUGUUGUUUUCGAAUGGACUUUGGCAUAUUUCUUCAAUUAAAUGGCCACCAACAUGGCUGCCGUCUAUGUUUGCUUAAGGCUUGGUGAAAUUAUUUUAAGGUUUUCCGACCGAGAUUCCGAAAUUUAAAGUUGUGCAUUGACCUGGAUUUAUACUAUAACAAUGGAUAGGGCGAGUGGGCAUGGUGGCGAAGGACCAGGAGAGGCCGAGAGCGAGGAACAGGAUGAGUCUUCUUCCCGUCUCAGGACAGGAACAUCGAAUGCUCUUGAAGAAUUUCGUAAUGAAUGGAGAAGAGAAUUGGAGAAAUCUCCUAAGCAUUCGAAUAAUGUGAAGACUGUGAUUCCUGAUCCAAUACCAAACAACAUCGAAGACAAGGCAAAAACCUUUUUCCAAAUGGGUAUCGAAUAUGAAAACAAAGGAAAAUUGUAUGAAGCAAUACAAUUCUACCGCAGGGCUGUGCAGCUUGUUCCUGACAUUGAGCUGAGAAUGUUCGAACAGUCUACACCUCACUCCGAAGUCACCAGUGAAGAUGAAGGACAUGACGAUUCUGAUGGAAGCGAAAUCGAAGAGGAAGAAGUGGCCUACGAACCAGGAUCUGACCUGUUGGCGCACCUGCUCUUCGUGAGCCACAAGGUGAAGAAGAUCCAGCUCUGCUCUGCGCUCCACCCUACUAAUAUGACACAUUUAUCUGCUCUUCCAAUGGAAAUCUUUCUCUAUAUUCUGCGCUGGGUUGUGAGCAAAGACCUAGACCUGAGAUCCCUCGAGAUGUGUUCUAGAGUCUGUAGAGGCUUCUAUAUUUGCGCUAGGGAUCAAGAGAUCUGGCGUAUCGCUUGCACUAGGAUUUGGGGAGUGAAAUGCGGAGGAGUGGGUAGCCUUUACCUGUCGUGGAGGGAGAUGUUCAUCCAUCGCCCGAGGCUAUGCUUUGAAGGCUGUUACAUCAGCAAGACCACUUACAUCAGGCACGGGGAAAACAGCUUCCAGGAUCAGUUCUACAAGCCGUGGCAUCUUGUCGAGUAUUUUCGCUAUUUGAGGUUUUUCCCCGAUGGCCGAGUACUGAGCUUGACUACUGCCGAAGAGCCUGUAUCCUCGGUCGGUCUUCUGAAAACGAGGACUCCUCUACCUAGGCACCCUCCUGUCUUUGUUGGCUACUAUAGGCUGGUCGACAAAACAGUCUCCAUCGUCCUCAUGCCAGGUCCAGACAAGUACAAGAACAGAUGCAAUUCCAACAACCAGUCACCGACUUUUCAUAUGGAAUUGGAGAUUGCUACAUAUAAGAAGAGGUUGCACGGGCAAUUGGUAUGGCGAGGAUAUUCUAUAUUCACUCGCAGGAACGGGGUUGAAAUCAACACAGACUUUGACUUACCUUCUGCUCGUUAUCCACCAUUUUGGUUUUCUCGAGUGAAAUCAUAUUUGUCUGAGACCAACCACCCGCUGUGUAAAUAAUUUAAUUAGACAGAGUAUAUUUUUCUUUGUAAAUACUUAGCUUCAUUAAAAUUCUAUUUACAGGUUAAAAAGUUUGUUAUUUUUAUACCUUUAUCUUAUUAACAGGGGGUCUAUUGAAAAGGCAGCAUUCAAAAAUAGGCAAUUCUACUUGAAAAACAAUCAG